CGGACGGGGGCGGCGGGGGGAUGCGGUAGCGCUGGGAGCCGCGGUCUGCCGGUGCUCCCAGCCCGGUCCUGCCGGGCACAAGGAGCUCGGGCGGAGGGCGAGGGGCGGCUUUUCCCCCGGGCACCGGUGGCUGCAGGCGCAGGCAGGGGCAGGCAGGGGCACCUGGAUGCCUGAGCGUGAUCUCCAUCCAAAACCCGCGCCCCCCCCCCGGGACAGCCCCCCCGGGAGCGCGGCACCGGGCGCUGCGGCCACCGGGGCCGCUGCCGGCGGUUCUCUCCGGCGAGGCCGCGCGUUCGGAGCCAACGUGCUGCUCCUGCCUGACUUUGAAGGCAGCGGCUUCUGCCGUAAUGAGGCAUAGCCCAGUUUCAGGUGGAGUUAGCCCCGGGGGAAACAUGAAACCGAACUCCUGUUCAUCAGAAAGUGGGUAAUGAGGCCGUUUGAGUUAUUUGUAGCUCUCUGUGGGCCGGGAUGGCCUCUCCUACCUCUCCCCAGGCAGAAUCCCUCCUGCAGGGACCCCAGAUCCUUUUGCUAAGCUCAAAUUGCCCUGGUUUGUGCUUGGAGAAUCCAGGCUGUGAGUUAACCUGAUGGGUGGUGCGCUGGGUGGUACGACCUCCUACCAGCCUAGAUGGAUCUUGUUGUCCACUUUGGUGCCCAAAACCAGAUUUUCUGCAACGUUGAUCCAAACUUGCCCAUUUUUGAAGGGGUUCACCUGACCCCAUGGGAUACAGGGCCAGGACAGCAUUGCUCUGUGGGACUCUGUGGAUUUUGCAAGUGGGUCUGCAUCCAGCCUCUGCUUGUUCCUCCCUAUGCACCUCUGCUUUAAUGCCAGCCCCAUCUGGCUUCUCCUUCCCGGGGGCUCCGUCACCUUGGGCCUGGUGGCAGGGAGCAGCCAAGCUGCAACGAUCCGUGCUGCGACCUUAGCUGGUGUCCUUCAGAGCCAGCGUCCUUCAGAGCCGGCGUCCUUCAGAGCUGGCCUUGUGUGGCUGAGUCCCCAGGCUGCCUGUGGCCGGGCCAGCCCACAUGAGGGUGCGGGGACACACAUCCCUGCGAGCCCCGUUAAUCUGCCCUGGCUGUCACCGGCAGCCCCCCCCGAGUGUGCUGUUGCUGCAUCCCUCAGCCCGGGGCAGAGGCAGUGGCUGCUCCCCUCUGAUCAGCCAUUCGGAUCACUCCCACAUUGAUCAGGUCUGGAGUGUGCUGAUAAAGUGGCUUCGGAGCCACAGGGACUCAGGGAGGCUGGAAGUCCGUGUCUGACCAGGUCUGCGUGUUGUGGGGCUGCCCGAGCGUGUCCCCAGCCCCAGCCCGCUCCCGACAGGCUCUCCCCACACACCAGCAGAGUGUCCUUGCUUUGCACCACUUGUCCUCCUGCCGGGGGGGGAUGGUCAGACCCCUGGUCGGGGGGACCCUCUGUUCUCCCCCUCCUCGCACAGCCCAGGGCCAGGGUCCCCCGAGGGGGCUGCACCCUGCCCUGUGCCACCCCGCUCCCUGCAGCACAGCAUGGCCGUGCCCCCACAGAGAGUGACAGAGGUACCUGGCCCUUCGAGCAGCACUGGGCGGGCUUGUCCUGUGAUUAAACCAGCCUGAAGCCCCACUUCGUCACUCCAAUUGCCCUGUCAAUACCCGGGCAUUAGAGAGGGCUGCUGGACUAGUUCUUGCGCCCUGACACAUCCCCUGUCAAUAACCUCUGGAUUUAAGCCUGUGGCUCGGAGCAUCUUUGCUUAUCUCAGCUCCCCAAAGCACUUAUGUUCCCGGCCAUCAUAACUCCCCGCCUGUAAGUGGAGACAGGCACCAUUAGCCCCGCAGCAAACAGCUGCUGCAGCAAGUUUUGCUGGCAAAAGUGCAGCAAAGGUGUUUUCCACCUGCUCUUUUGCAGGUGAGCUUCCCACAGGCUGCCAGGCCAGGGUUUGGCGUGGGGAUGGGCACAGCCCCCAGAGCACCCGUGUUCUCCUUUCCCAGCACCCCUUGUGCCUUCAGCAGCCAUGUGUGCUCGCAGCCCAGAGCGAGGGCAAUGCUACAAUUUAUACAGCCCAUUUCAUUUAUCAUCAGUGCAUCAGAAAGCAACAAUUCACCUUUCAAUGCGCCAGCUGAAAAAACUCCGGCUCCACUCUGCUUGGCAGCGCCUCAGAUUGGCCCUUUCCUGAGGCUGGAUGUUGAGCAGUGACUUAGAGCUCAAUCUGUUUAGCUUAUCGAAAAGUAGCCUGAGAUGUGACUUGAUUACAGUGUGCAAGUACCUUCCCAGGGAGAAAACUGCCAGGUAUUAAAGGGCUCUUUAACUUAGCUGAGAGGGGAAUAAUAAGAACUGAGGGCUUGAAGAUAAAGUCAGACAAAUUGAAACACAAAAUCAGGCGCAGGUCUGCAGCAAGGAGGGCGCAGAGCGGCUGGAGCAGGGUCCCUGGGCACCUUUCUCAAAGCGAUGCCCUGGCUGAACCGCAGGUUCCUGGGGCUGGGGGUUGUGACCUGGGGGGUGGCUCCGUCCUGCCCCUAUGGCUCUGGCCCCAUGGGGACGUGGGCUUGGGGAGCAGGAUGAGUCCGGUGGCAUCGUGGGCAAAGCGGAUUGGGGACUGAAUUUUGCUUCCUGGUCACAUCUGAAAAACUCACUGUCACACGGUAUCUCUGCCAGAGCCUGGGAGCACGUCAGCCCCCGAGGUGACCUUUCUCGGGACAGCUGGAGCCUCCCUUUCUGUACCAGGGGAAAUGCCAGCCUGGUGAAAACUGCUCAUCGCGGAGGAACUCGAUCCUGAAAACCAAAAGCCCUCUCUCCAUGUUGCUCAUACCUCCCCUCUCUGCUGCCAGGAGUGCAUGGGAGCCCGCAAAACGCACGGGGACGUCCUCGUCUUGCUCUGCUCCGCCGUCCCCGCGACCAACGGCUGCAUGUCUAACGAUUCCCCGCCGGGAGUUAAUCUCGACUGUUAGUAUGUCAGGUUGCUGGUGGAUUAAACAAGGGGAUUAGCAUCAAACAAUUUCCCUCCCGCCCUGAGCAGGGAGGCAGGAAAUAUAAUCACUGCGGUUUUAUUCUGCUUAGGCUAAAAAAGCUCCCUGGCAUGUGGCCGGGUGAUGCCAGCCGUGCUGGUGGCACAGAGAGGCACGUGCCCAGGGCACUGCGGGGGCACCGCUGCCUCUGCCGCACACGGGUCCCCACCAGCACCGUGACAGGCAUGCCAAGACCAGGGGCUGCUCGUCCCGGGGGGCUCGGGGAAGUGUCCUGGGUGGUACUCGUGUAACCAAGCGGUUCACCUCAUGCCCCUGAGGAGAGCGCAAAAGCCAGGGCUGGAGGCGGGGAGGGUCCCAGCCCCCAGGCAGCGACCGAGCCGCCCCAGCACCUUCAUCCCUGCUGCUCCUGCCAGCCUGGGCUCAGCUGUGGACAGCAGAGGAUGGAACAGCCUUGCAGGUGUGAAAGCAAAUCUGUCUUCCCAACAGCUCCCACAUUCCAGAGCCAGGGGACAGUGACGCAGCUCUGAUCCAACAGCUGUGGUGCUGCAGAAUUGCCAGCUUUCAUCCCAAGCUUCCUCCCCACCUACGAUCACAGGAUCCACUAUCAGCACUGGGGCACAGCACUGCCCUCUCAGCCACUAUAUAAAAAGUAAAAUAAACCCUCUAAUCCAGGGCGUGUGUUUGAUAAAGAACUCGUGCAGCUCUUGUUGGGGCAGGGGCAGAGCAGCCAGCCCCCUGCUCGGCGCAGAGACUCGACUUCUCUUCGGACCAAAGCGCCGCGGGGGAGCAGCCAGCCUCGCAUCCACACAUCCUCUUUGGCCCAAAUCUCCUCGGUCCCUGGAGUUUACUCAGCAACUUUCAUCUGAGGAGCAUUUCCAGCGUGGCCAAGUCUCUGGUCAGCCAAGGAGGAUGGGACCGCUCGCUGAGACGAGGCAGUGGCUGCGCCGUGGGCUGGCAGAGGGGGGGCUUGGCACAGCGCUGCCUGCAGAAGUGUUGCCCUGGGGAAAGGGGUGGCCCAGCAGCGGUGGGUGGGCUAGCAUGGGGCUGUGACGAGGGGGAACACAGUCGUUUGCUUCCUCAUCAGAAGGCCAAGAAACCCCGCAGAGAUCUCCCCCUGUGGUGUCCGGGGUUCCAGGUGUGAGCUGGUGCGGGGCCUCCUGCCCAGGAGGGGAGAUGCUGGUGGGAGUUAUUCCUGAGGGGGAUUUGCCAUGUGUCUCCUUAUCCUCCAGCGAUGGGCUGCCUGCUUCUCCCCAACUUGAGACAGGACCCAGUGAACCCACAGGUUGCUCCCCAGCGGUAGUGCAGGUGAAACGCGGCUCCUCUCCCUGCAGCUGCCUCCCCCGUGCCACAGCCCUGGGGCCAAACUGCCUCGUCCCCUCACUGGAGGGAAGGCUCUCCCGCCUCUCCUGCCUCCCCAGGCUCGCUGCUUUUAGGGAAUCUCGCGGGUACCUCCUCGGCCUAAGGCCAGUCAAUCGACUGAAAUUGGCCAAAAGGUCCUGGGCAGGCACCAAUGCCCGGGCAGAUGCUGCCCUGCACGUGCCCACCUCGCUUUUCUAGGAAGCUGGGCUAAAACUACUGUCCUAGGGCUGUGCGGCAAAAGACUGGGCAGAUCCUCAGCUACUGGAAGCCCGAGUGAUUUACAGCCCAUAGCCCGUGCGGGAUCCCAGCGGGCUGUCCCUGGGGCUGCACAGGGGCAGGGAUGUUCCCGGCACGCAGCACCCGGGGCCGAGACCAGGGCACGUCUCCGUCGGGCAGAAGAGCAAGGAAGCUGCAGGUACCCCCCUUCUUCAGCGCUGCCUGGGGGGUUGCCUCUCACUCCUGCCAAUUUUUAGGUGACUCUCUGCAUUUGGGCUGUGCGUCGGCAGGGCGAGGGGAAGGAAGGGGAUGCAGCACAGUGGGGGUGAGACCCAGGGAUGGCUCGAUGGGUGCUGGCACAGCCCAGGGCCUGCAGGGACCCACAGCACAAGCUGCAAUAUCGGAAAAUUCCCAAACAAAAUUUCAUGCACUAAAUCUCAGGGCUGCGAUUCUGCUGAGACCUGGCUUUAUAAUUGGAUCUGUCAGAAACCCGUCACACUUAAUGUGCAGCUGCCAACACGCCGUGCGGCUCCUCGCCACGCUCCGUGGCCGGUGCUGGCUCUGCCCCUCUCCCUGCCCCUCGGCAGGCAGCCGGGAAUGCCUUGUCCUGACAUGCCCAUUGCCCCAACCCACUGCAGAAACAUCCCCAAACCGCUGCUGCCCAGCCCGGUGUUGGGAAUGGCUGCGACAGGAGCGCUGCUCAUCCUGCCCAUUCCAGACACCGACCCCUCGGCAUUCAACCUGCCAAGAGCUCUCCCCUCCCAUCUGGAGCAGCGGACUGGGAACACCCGGUCUCCUGUCCCACCCUGGUGCUGCUGGCUGCAGUUGCGGGUUCCUGUAUGAAGAAGCAGGAGUUUUUGCACCCAAGGGCUGUGGGCCACGCUGUCACCAUCGGCCUGGAUGGUACUCCCGGUCUAUCACACCUCCCUGCCUCAUGCACCGCCCGGCUGCUUCUCCUGCAGCCAUGGUUACUUUGAUGGAUGUUUUUUUGUUCGGUAAUUUGUUUCCCUCCCACAGUUUCUCUGCUACUACCUAAAACAGGGCACGGCGGGGCAGCAGUGGUGGGAGAGAGAAAGAAGCUGCUUUUCCUUCCCAUCCUGUGUGGGACCACAUGCAUGUUCAUGGAAGUUCUUCAAUGUCGUUUACCCUCCCUGGUGCAGUGCAGAGCCUUGGGCUGUGCAGUGGGACGUUGCAGCCCCUUGGUCAGGUUGGGCUGUGCCUCCCACCCAUCCCCAAAGCCCCCGUGGAGGUGCUGGGGCUUCUGAGGAAAUGUCCAGGGUUUUCCAGGAAAAGGUCAGGAUUUCUGGUUUCUCUCUCUGCCCCAGGGACCAACAGUUAGGGCCAGACACUGAGCAAAUCUGGCUGCCUGGGAUUUUCCAGCUUGAGGAAAGAUCCAGCUUGCACCUGAACCUCCAGCCCUGGGAGUGGGGUGGCACGGCCAGCUCCUGCUUUGGCUUGGUGACCACCCGGGUUUUGCCUCACGGUGCCUCAGUUUCCCUCUCUGCCGCCAGGGAAGGUGGUGGGACGAUGCCAGUGCUGGCGAGGCGUGGGAGCCCAGCAGCCUGCGGCUGCCAAGGAGAAGUGUACCUGUGUUUUCUUCACCUGAGUAAUCAAACCCUUUAUGCAGUGUUUAAUUAAAGGCCACAAAACAUAUUAUCUUUGAU